GCCACACAGACACGGAUCCAUCCAUCUCUCCUCUGCUCUCUCCCUUGAAUUCAGUUCGUCUCAGAGAACUCUUCUUUCCGAGACAAUCCGAGCUAAGCAGUAAGCAACGGCGAUGGCUUUUAGCCCGAGGGCUCGCGUGCUGGCGGCGGCGCUGCUCCUGGGCCUCUGCUGUGGCACCGGCUUGCCGGCGGCGGCGGGAAGCAGGAUCGACGAGGGCCUGGAGGUGACGUGGGGCGACGGGCGCGGGAGCGUGUCGCCGGACGGCCAGGUCCUGACGCUGUCGCUGGACCGCACCUCCGGCUCCGGGUUCCGCUCCAGGGACACCUACCUCUUCGCGCGCGCCGACGUGCAGCUCAAGCUCGUCCCCAACAACUCCGCCGGCACCGUCACCACCUUCUACUUCAUCUCGGAGGGCCCGUGGGACGUCCACGACGAGGUGGACCUCGAGUUCCUGGGCAACGUGAGCGGGCAGCCCUACACGCUGCACACCAACGUGUUCGCCGGCGGCAACGGCGGCAAGGAGCAGCAGUUCCACCUCUGGUUCGACCCCACCGCCGACUUCCACACCUACUCCAUCGAGUGGACGCAGCAGCACAUCCUCGUGCUGGUGGACGGGACGCCGAUCCGGGAGUUCAAGAACCACGCGGACCGCGGCGUGGCGUACCCGUCGACGCAGCGGAUGCGGCUCUACGGCUCGCUGUGGGACGCCGAGGACUGGGCCACGCAGGGCGGCCGCGUCAAGGCGGACUGGUCGCAGGCCCCCUUCGCGGCGCAGUACCGCAACUUCACGGCCGCGGACGCCUCGGCGUCGGCGGCGGCGGGCGGGUACGGGCAGGAGAUGGACGCGGCGGCGCAGCAGGCCAUGAAGUGGGCGCGGGACAACUACAUGGUGUACGACUACUGCGCCGACGGCAAGCGGUUCCCGCAGGGCGCCCCGCCCGAGUGCUCCAUGCCGUAGCGUAGCGUCCAGAUGGGCCAAGACGCGCGCGCUUUGAUUGCGAAGUCGAUCAGAGGGGGAGCAUUAGGGCAGGUUACACGCAUAUGCUAGGUCAUAGAAUCCAUUGGUCUCAUUCAUUGUUUAUAUAUUAAUCGAUUCUUUGGUGUGAAGAAUAUAUAUAAUACUCAAGAUUCUUUUCAUCUUUUGGGAAUUGCAAGAGAUUUGUGAGAAGCAA